AUGUUUCGCGGUAGUUCGAAGAGUUCUAAAUCAAAAGAUCAAUCAGCUUCCCGACAAAUGAGCAUAUCUUCCUUCUUUGGAUCCAAAACGGUUCAAAGGGGACCAGUCGAACGUUCACCUGCACCUCGUCCCAAUCUGAAGCGUAUCAGCUCAUCUUUGACCGACUCUGGUUCAUUCGAAGAAUGUGAUCCCGACGAUGAGCUGAAAAGACUAGUGCAAACGCCAGAAUUGAACAAUUUCAAGCCUUGCAGAAAGAUCUCUGUGCCAAGAAGUGUCAACAGUUCACAGGAAUCCUUAAUCUCUCGAGAAUCAAGUCGCGAUGAGACUAUUAAUUCACCAUUGGCAGAAACAAAAUCAUCACUACCAGGAUUUAAAGUAACUGCAACUAAAAGACUGAGGACUUCACGUAAACCCACCGGUGUACAAUCAUCUUCUUUUGGACAAUUUACUCCAAUGGCCCUUACUAAGGAACAGGAGCAAGUAGUAAACCUGGUUGUGAACAACCGGCUGAACGUUUUCUAUACUGGUAGCGCCGGUACUGGUAAAUCUGUCAUUCUAAGAACCUUGAUCGACAGAUUGAGUAGUGUUUACGGUAGAGAGGCUGUAGCUGUGACCGCAUCUACAGGUCUUGCUGCCGCCACCAUUGGUGGUACGACGUUCCACAGAUGGAGUGGUAUUGGCCUCGGUAAUCAAAGUGUGGACUAUCUAGUAAAACACAUCAAGAAACAGCGACAAAUAUUUUCAGUUUGGAGGUUUACCAAGGCUCUUAUCAUUGAUGAAAUUUCCAUGUUGGAUGGUAGAAUGUUAGACAAGAUUGAAGAGGUAGCUAGACGUGUACGUCAAAAUGAUCAACCAUUUGGCGGUAUCCAAUUAGUACUUACAGGAGAUUUCUUUCAAUUACCUCCUGUUUCAAAAGAUGGUAUAGUAUUCAGUUUUGAAUCUCAGAUGUGGAAGAACUGUAUUCAAAAAACUAUUUUACUCACCAAGGUCUUCAGACAAAGAGAUGAUAAUUUGGUUGACAUGUUAAAUGCCAUUAGAUACGGUGAACCUACACCAGAGCUUGUGGGUAAUAUUGCAAAACUGAGAAGAGAAGUUCGCUACUCUGAUGGAAUUGAACCUACUGAAUUAUAUGCAACUAGGAAAGAGGUGGAAUUAUCCAACGGUAGACAAUUACAAACGUUGCCCGGUGAACCUAGAGUUUUCAAAUCUUUAGAUGUGGGGCCAACCGAGCUAUUGCCGCUAUUGGAUUCCAUUACAAGGGUAGAUAAAAUCUUGACGCUGAAAGUAGACGCUCAGGUCAUGAUGAUACGGAAUAAGCCUGAAUCCGAACUAGUUAACGGUACACUGGGUAAAGUGCUCUUUUUCACCACGGAACGUUUAGAGAGGGCAAUGAAGAAAUUCUACCAGACAGUGGAUGACGAAUUGGUUCAAGAUAUGAGGCUCGUCAGCGAAGCUAUUGCAAACCAUACGGUUCACCAAAAUGUAGAAUUUCAUCAUGCGUUCCAGUCAAGACCCAGGACCCGCCAAGGACCUCUACAAUCACUCGUGGCGCAGGCUACAAGCACUCUCGUCGGCCAGGAGCCCAUAUAUCCCUACGUGCGAUACACGAUCGGUCCCAACAGGUACCAUUAUGAGCUGACGCUACCAGAGCCUUUUGUCGUGGAUAUACCUGCUGAAAAGACCGCUAUCGAGCGCACACAGCUCCCGAUAACUUUAUGUUGGGCGCUCUCUAUACACAAGGCACAGGGUCAAACUAUUCAAAGGCUGAAGGUGGAUCUACGAAGAAUCUUCGAAGCUGGACAGGUCUACGUGGCGCUGUCGAGAGCAGUUUCAAUGGAUAAUCUACAGGUGCUAAAUUUCGAUCCGAGAAAAAUUCGGGCCAACGGUAAGGUUAAGGACUUCUAUAAGAACCUAGAGACCGUGGCUUAG